AAAUUUUGUAUUUAGUGAGAGUUUGCGAUCCCGCGGGUACGGUCGAAAAAUACGGGAUACUAUUCCGGCUGUCUGUGUGAGUGUGCGAAAUAUUUUUUGGAUUAAGCAAAGAAAAAAAAAAAGAAAGAAAUAAUUUUACAAAGAUUCCAAAGCAAAGAAAAAAAUUAAAAAUAAAAUCCCUCGAAAAAAACCAAAACGAGGAAUAUUUUGGAGAAAAUUUGCAAUAAAAAUUAUUAAAAAAAAAUAAAAUUGGAAUUUAUUUAUUUGUGCUGUGGUGAAUCCUGUGAAUCCUCUAAAAAACAUCACAAGAAAAUAAAAAAUCCACACGACCUGCCAAAACAAGGCAACGGGGCAAAGAAACACAAAACUCGUAACCGGUGUCGUAAAAAACCAGUACCGUUCGUUCGUUUCGUAUUGUGCCGCGUUUCCAUUAUCCUUUCUACUGACGUUGGUAGAGCAGUUCGGUGACUUCGUAGUUUUGUUCUUUGAUUUUUUUUGCUUUUGCAAAUAAAACUGUGAAUACGAUUUUUUUCUGUGGCGUGAAAAAUUAAAUAAAGAAAAAAUAUCUAAAUAAGGCGUAAAUAAAUAAAUUAGAAAAUUUUUAAAUAAUUUUUAAACAAAAAGAAAAUCGAGUGAAGUGUUCAACAAAAAAGGAGCAAUGAAAAAUGAAAGCUGAAUUUUGAUACCGUUUGAGAUGGAAACCAAAAUCUUGAACUGCUCUUGGCAAAAGAACAAUGAAAUCACCUGCUUAUAAACAUAACAUCAACAAGAAAAAAAUAACAAAGAAUAUAAGUUGGUUUACUCAACAAUUGCUUUGCUUUUGGGCUAUGAAAUAAAGAAAACAAAAUAGAAAAAAAGAAGAAAAAGAAAAAAAAAACCAAAACCAAGCAACCAUAACAUGCCAUGGUGUGUGGGGUGUUUUAUAAAUCAUACUUUGUUUUCUGCUUUCCGCUACAACUCUAUCCUUUCAACGGCAACAGCAACAGCAACAACACACAGAACAUUAACAACAAUAAAAGCUAAAAUAACAAAUACAACAGCAACAACAACAACAUCGCCAGCAAUUCAUUUCAAUAAAGCCAUAGAAAACCAAAUGAGGUUAAAACAAAGCUAACAAUGCAACAAUGCCAAACAAUUGUUAAAUAAAUAUAUGUGCAUAUAUUUGUGUGUUGUGACGUGCAGUAUAUGUGUGUAUUUGUAUAUGUGAAUAGUGAAAAUAGAAAAACAAAACAAGAGCAGCAACAGCAACAUUGACUGCAAUACAAAUGCAAAUAAUGUUUGUAACAGAACACAAAAAAAAAACAACAACUGAAAAAAAGGAACGACAGCAACGCUGUUUAAACCCAACAAUCAAAACCCCCUUGGCAAUGUAAAUUAAACGGAAAACAGAAAAAAAAAACACGCACACACAAAAAAAACAGCAACGACAACAACACCAAUAACAAUAACAACAACAACAAACAACCCAUGCUCUUGUAUAAUUUAGUUAAUAAUCAUAACAACAAUAACAAGGACAUACACCAAACUGGGUUCACAUUAGAACUGCAUAGAACUUUUUUUUUCUCAAAGAGAGAAAGAGAGCGAGAGAGAGAGUGCAAAAAAACUUCCUCUACUAAAACAUAAUUACCGAAACUAAAAAAAAAAAACACAAACAUACACCCAUAGCUAGUUUAUGUAUAUUUAACAUAUAAGCAUGUGUAUAUGUGUGAGUGAGUCCGUUAAGGUAUGCUGAACAGCAAAACUACCAACACGAAAGAAAAAAAACACAGGAACAACAACGACAUUUCUACAACUGCAUAUAACCUCAUCAUAACUCUCAUUAUAACUCUCAGCAAACGGUGAAGCAAAAGGCCACACACGGACACACACCCAUUUAGCCCCACCACAACAAAGAGAGAGAGAGAGAGGGAGCGAGAAUCAUUAUUGCCUUGUUGUGUUAUGCCCUCAGGGGAUGGGCUCUGUGUGCUCAGUGUAUAACGGAGCAAAAACAAGACACACAGCAACAACUAAAAAACCAGCAAAGAGUAACUGCAAUAUUGCCUAGGGCGAUCACUCUGAGUGGAGAGCAGUUAAAAAAAAAAGUAGAGAACAAGAGUGAGUGGGUGUAUAGUAGAGAGAGAGAACAAAUCACCCACAUUGUGUUAGGUCAUUGAUGUGGUCUUGUCAAAAAAAGAAAAAAACCUCCUUUAAACUCAACAAAAUAAACCCUCUUCAACUCUCUCUGUUCUUAAAGGGAGUCUUCUUUUUCCCAGAAACAACGACUUCUGUUGUUGUCUAACAACUUUGCUGCCAGGCAAACAACUCAACAUCAAAGCCUCAACAAAGCAAAGCCUCAACUAUGGAUAUAUUAAAUCUAAACCCCCUAACAUCGUCAACAACAUCCUUACGUUUGUUUUCUUCAUGGUCAGCAUUAGCGGCGACCAGGACAACAUCCUCCCAUUCAACAACAACAACAGCAGCAGCAACAACAACACCAACAACGUCCAUAUCCUCAACCAUCUCCAGCAUAUUCUGCUGGCUGUUAAUCGUGCUGAUAUGCUGUACAUCACAAACAAAUUCGACACGUGCCCGGGUGACACCCACCGUCAUGACACGUAACAUUGAGGAGGAAAAUGUUAAAUUUCUUUUACAAGGACCCCCGGUUGUAGCCGAAUCAAUAGUCGGCACCCAUGCAAGACUGCCGUGCAACGUGACACCACCCUUACUGGAAGAUCGAGUGGCCUUGGUGAUAUGGUACAAAGUUGGACUGAAGACACCCAUUUACAGUGUUGAUACCCGAGAAUCGAACUUUUCCCAUGGCACCCAUUGGUCGGACGAGGCAUAUCGAGAACGUUUAUCCUUUGCCCUGGAUGGCCGCACCGGCACGCUGACCAUGACGAAUGCCCAACAGGAGGAUACGGGCGAAUAUCGAUGUCGUGUCGAUUUUCAAAAGAGCCCAACACGUAAUUCCAAAGUUAAUUUGACCGUCAUAAUUCCACCCGAGUCGAUUAUAAUACUGGAUCACAAAGGUACAACAAUAAAGGAUCAUGUCCUGGGUCCAUACAAUGAAGGUGCCAUAAUAAAUAUAACUUGUGUUGCCAUCGGGGGUUCACCACAACCACGCGUUACCUGGUGGCGUGAAAAUACACUGCUUGACGGCUCAUCACAUCCGCUGUCCGAUCGACGGGUCGGCAAUAUCCUAUCGCUGGGCAAAUUGAAACGCAACAACCUGAAUAUGCAGCUAACAUGCGUGGCGGCCAACAACAAUAUCACGGUGCCAAUAACCAACACCGUGACACUCGACAUGAACUUACGUCCUCUGGUUGUGAAGCUACAGGGAGAAAAUCGCCCUCUGUCGGCGGGGAAUUCCUAUCAAUUGAGUUGUGUUGUAACCGGAUCGAGACCGGCGCCUACCAUUACCUGGUGGAAGGGCAGUACACCGAUGAAGAAUACAAGGGAAAUUGCUAAUCCCGAUGGUAACAUGACCACAUCAAUAUUAACCUUUACACCCACAAUUGAUGACCGUGGCAAAUAUUUAUCAUGCCGGGCCGAGCAGAGCAUGAUACCCGAAUCGGGCAUGGAAGAUGGCUGGAAAUUGGAUAUUUAUCAUAUCCCCGUAGUCAGCCUGGAACUGGGCACAAACUCCAUGAACUCAACGCUGCGAGAGGGUAUUGAUGUCUUCUUUGAAUGCAACAUCAAAUCGAAUCCAUGGGUCAACAAAGUCAGUUGGCGGCAUAAUGGCAACAUAUUGGAAAACAAUAUCACGGAAGGCAUUAUCGUGGCCAACCAGAGUCUGGUGUUGCAGAAUGUCAGCCGGGCACGCAGUGGCAUCUAUACGUGUGUGGGUAAUAAUCGCGAGGGCGAUGGUGAAAGCAAUCCCGUGCAUUUGGAUAUAAGAUUUGCACCUGUCUGCCGGCAAGGCCAACGCACCGUUUACAGCACCGGCCGUCAGGAGAUGGCAAAGGUCGCCUGCGAAAUUGAUGCAAAUCCACCGGAAGCCAACUACAGCUGGAAAUUCAAUGCAACACUUGGCGAAACAAUCGAUAUACCGGCAUCCCUGAUAGCUGUCGAUCGAGGACGGAGCGUGGCCCAUUAUACACCGAUGACAGAGAAUGACUAUGGCACUUUACUGUGUUGGGCCAGUAAUGAAAUCGGUGAUCAGACAGAACCCUGUGUCUAUACCAUAGCCCCAGCAGGUGAACCGGAUCCCUUGGUAAACUGCACGCUACUCAAUCAAACCUCAACCGGCUUUCAAAUUGAAUGUGUUGAGGGUUUCGAUGGUGGCCUGCAACAGGAUUUCAUUAUGGAGGUAUAUGUGAAUGGUACCACAAGGCAUCCGAAAAUCUACAAAUCUAAAACACCAUAUUUUGAGGUGCGUGGCCUGAUUCCAGGUGCCGGCUAUAAUGUAUUUUUGGUAGCUCACAAUAGCAAAGGACGCAGUAAUGCCACAAUCCUGCAAGUCUAUACACUUAAGGAUCCCGAAAAACAGACAGUUUUGAUUACUUACAAAAAGCAAUUCGUUACAACAAUGCCUUUGUUUAAUGUGACUGUUCUCAGCACCUCAACUACCACCACCCCCUGUACACCUUAUAAUUUAACACCACCACCACCCAAGUCCAAUAAGAAAAAUCUCUCCUUGGCCUAUGCCCCCGUCAUUGAGGAUAUACGUCCAUUUCUGGGCAUCCUCGUGGGCAUUGUGGUCAGCAUCAUUUUGGUGGCCUUUAUCAUAGUGAUUAUUGUACGCAUGCGCGGCUCAUCGGGUAGAGAUCGUAAUAAUUAUAUGCAUGGCACGGCAACGGCCCAGGGACGCAACAAUAAUGGCUUGGGUUCGCUGCACAACAGCCAUGACAUGCAUAAUGGUCGCGGCAAUUGUCAUGUGACAAGCAGUAUAGAUAGCAUUGAUAAGAAUCCGGAUAUAAUACCACAGGAUGGCCACGACGAAGAUGACGAAUGGACCACAAAUGCCCACAAUCAUGCCUUUGCCACGGCGGCUUUGGCCGAACAGAAUGCUGUCAUAACCUCAUCGACCACGUAUGAUCACAUUAUACCUACAUAUGCCGUUGUCGAUAAGAAGUCACAAACACAACAUUUACAACAACUGCAGCAACAACAGCAGCAUCAGCAACAAACCCAACAAAUGUCGGUGCAACCGCCACCCUCGCAUCAUGGACAAUAUCUGCAAUAUAAUACCCUGAUACCGACCAAUAAAAUGGGUGCAUAUGGCGCCCAACAGCAGCCGCAAACGGGAGCAAAGAACGAUUUAUCCCAUGCCGAUAUGACCGGCCUGGGCGGCCAGCCCCGCAUGGCGCCCUAUUGCAGUGCCACUUUGGGCCGACCACGACAAACGGAAUUGAAACGAGCCGAACCCAACAUCUAUUCACAGAUCGAUCUAGCCCAUCAUCCCAUGUACUCGACGAGUCCCAUGUUUGCCACAAACACCAUUACCGGUGUCACCAUGUCACAUCCAUCACAAUUGGCCACCUUCACCACCCCACACUCUUUGUAUGCCCAUAAAAUAGUUUCAGCACCACCCUCCUCGGCGCACACACAAUCACUGCACAGCACCCUUUCCACCCAUCAUCAGCAGCAGCAGCAACAGCAUGCAGCAGCUGUGGCGGCAGCGGGUCUCCUACAGACCAGUGGCAUUCUAUCCAUGCACAUGGCCCAACAACAGCCCCCUAUGCCAGCCGUCUCUCAUCACAGCAGCCAACAACAAUCCAUCAUUUGUGCGUCCCAAAAAAGGCCACAAUCGCCAUUGGCCCAAUCGUCAUCAUCGGCGGCAGCAUCGGCUAAAGCAACAGCCGGUGUGGCAUCACCGGUGGCCACCUCCUCCUCAUCGUCGGCGUCAUCGUCCUCGGUGUCGGGUCAAGUUGGCAGUCUCUUACAUUUACAGGGCAAUGGCAGUAUAGUGAGUGUUGGCAGUAUGGGAUCCUCAGGUGUCUACACCAACGAAGCGGCUGCCGCCUCUGGCCUCCUCAAAACCGUACCGGAAGAAAUCGUACACCAUCAGCUGAAUGGUGAGAGCAUUUUAAUGACACAGGAUCGCAACAAUGGAACACGAUUCUGACGGUAAAUGUCACAGAAACGAGCAACUAAGGCAACAAUAAUUUAAAAUUAAAGUUAAAAUUAAACGCAAAAAAAUAAUAAAUAAAUAAAAAUUAAAUGGACAAGACAAUGAACCUCAGAUGAAAAAUAAGAAAAAAGAAAAUAUUUAAAUUCCAUUAAAAAAAAAAAAAAAAAACAAAAAAAAAAAGAAAACAACUUUUUUAAAACAAAAAAUAUAAAAAAAGGAAACUCAAUUUGAAAGUGAACCUCAUGUUAAGAAGAAUAGAAACUAGACAGGUCGACAAAAUUGCAACAGAAAAUAUGGAGAGCAAAGAGGAGUCCUUUUUUGUUGAAAUGAAAAAGGAUGAUACGGAAACUACCAUAGAAAUAGUUAAUAUGACUAAACAUAACGAUUUUAGCUAAAGAAAAUGUUAAUGGAAAAUGACAGAUUAGACCGACAGACAGAGGACAGAAAGAAGUACUCAAUUAACUGCCUUUUGCAAAGACAAAAAAAUUAAAAAAAAAAAAAAA